UUAAUAUUUUGUCUUGGCAGUUAAUGAACUUAGUAAACGCUAUAAUCAUACACUGAUUGUCAGGCUACGUGAUUAGCUGGUGACUGAUAUAACUGAAAGUUGCAGUUGUUUACUUCUGGUUCACGUUGUCUGCUUUGAAUGAAUCUCGUCUUGGCGAGUUGUCUGUCUUCAUCACACAACCGCCCGCCUGACCCCUUCACAAGUGCAGCAGGAUUCUCGGGGUUUUGGUUAUCUUCCUGACCUGCUAACAUGCCAGCUGCGCUUACAGAUUCCAGUCAGAUAAUCUGUGAAGUCUGGGCGAGCAAUGUAGAAGAGGAAAUGAGGAAGAUCCGGCAGAUUAUUCAAAGCUACAAUUACAUUGCCAUGGACACUGAAUUUCCUGGGGUGGUUGUGCGACCAAUCGGUGAGUUUCGCAGCACAGUGGACUACCAGUACCAACUGCUGAGGUGUAAUGUCGACCUGCUGAAGAUCAUUCAACUUGGGCUCACGUUCAUGAAUGAGGAGGGAGACUAUCCCCCCGGCACAACAACUUGGCAGUUCAACUUCAAGUUCAACCUCACAGAAGACAUGUACUCACAGGACUCGAUAGACCUGCUCCAGAACUCCGGCCUCCAGUUUAAAAAACAUGAAGAAGAGGGAAUUGACACGCUCUACUUCGCUGAGCUCCUCAUGACAUCUGGUCUGGUGCUGUGUGAAAAUGUCAAGUGGCUCUCCUUCCACAGUGGCUAUGACUUUGGAUACCUGGUGAAGCUUCUGACAGAUGCACGACUCCCUGAGGAGGAACAUGACUUCUUCCAGAUCCUCAACCUUUUCUUCCCUGCGAUCUAUGAUGUCAAGUACCUGAUGAAGAGCUGCAAGAACCUCAAGGGAGGGUUACAGGAAGUUGCAGACCAGUUGGAGCUGAAGAGGAUUGGACGGCAACACCAGGCUGGAUCAGACUCAUUGCUUACUGGAAUGGCUUUCUUCAGAAUGAAAGAGCUUUUCUUCGAAGACAAUAUUGAUGAUGCAAAGUAUUGUGGGAGACUGUACGGCUUGGGAUCGGGCUCCAGCCAACCCCAGAACGGCAUCUCCAACUCGGGCCAGGAGGAGACCAACAACAAGCACUGAUCCAGCGCUUGACCUUCAAGUGGAAUUCACACUUGUUUUAAAAUCCAACCAGCAGAGUUCCUCUCCAGUCUCCUCAGCACAAGACCAAACUAAAGUCCCCUCUUGCGUGACUGUCAGUGAACUCACAGCGACAGUGGAACCGUUUCCAUUGACUUGCGCAUUUCUUUUUAGUCGCUUUUAUUGAGUUUACGCCCAUACAUUCAGAACCCUUCCUAAAAGUUAAUUCUUCAAUUACAGCAGCAGUAACAGCUCUUUAAAGCGCAGGACCAGCUUCUUCUGUGCAGACUGUGUGUGGCACUCCUCAUUUUGUGGAUUUCAGUUUUUUAAGUUAAUGCUGGAAGGGCCUGUAAAUUAAAAUGUAUAAUUUUGAUGAAAAUAAAUGUUUUAGCUCUUUUCCACUUUGAGAAACUUUUAACAGUGUAACUGUGUUUGGUUAUGCAUGUUCCAAUGUAUAUUAAAUUGUUUUGUAUUUUGAAUGUCAGAAGAUGUUUAAAGUUGUUUAUUGUAGGUCACUAGA